GAAAGGGAAGGCGGUGGCUGAGGCUGUUCGGGAGGUUUCGGAGUUGGUGCCUCCAGGUGCCAUGGGCAGGGCUGAGGCGCGCUGAGGGGUCGUGGGGUGCUGAAGGGGAAGCAGGGCUGGGCCAUGGCCGGCGCUAGGGCAGCCGCUGCCGCCUCAGCGGGGCCCUCGGCUUCUUCGGGCAACCCGCCGCCUCAGGAGCCAGGGCUCGGGGAGCUGCUGGAGGAAUUCUCCCGGACUCAGUACCGGGCCAAGGACUGUAGCGGGACGGGCGGCUCAAAGGUUGAGCGCAUUGAGAAGAGAUGUCUGGAGCUGUUUGGCCGAGACUACUGUUACAGUGUGAUCCAAAAUGUGAAUGGGGAUAUCUGUGGCCACUACCCCCAGCACAUCGUGUUCCUGGAGUAUGAAAGUUCUGAGAAGGAGAAAGACACGUUUCAGAGCACCGUGCAAGUGAGCAAGUUGCAAGACCUCGUCAACCGUAGCAAGACAGCCAGGUGCAGAGGACGGUUUGUGUGCCCGGUGAUCCUGUUCAAGGGCAAGCACAUUUGCAGGUCAGCUACCCUGGCUGGAUGGGGGGAGCUAUAUGGACGCACUGGCUACAACUAUAUUUUCUCAGGAGGUGCAGAUGAUGCCUGGGCAGAUGCAGAGGACAUCACAGAGGAGGACUGCGCUCUUCGAAGUUCCGACACACAUCUUUUUGAUAAGGUCAGAGGCUAUGACAUCAAGCUGCUUCGGUACCUGUCAGUCAAAUACAUCUGUGACCUGAUGGUGGAGAACAAGAAGGUGAAGUUUGGUAUGAAUGUAACCUCCUCCGAGAAGGUGGACAAAGCCCAGCGCUAUGCCGACUUCACUCUCCUCUCCAUCCCGUAUCCAGGCUGUGAAUUUUUCAAGGAAUAUAAGGAUCGAGAUUACAUGGCUGAAGGGCUCAUUUUUAACUGGAAGCAGGACUACGUCGAUGCCCCACUGAGCAUCCCCGAUUUCCUGACUUGCUCUCUGAACAUUGACUGGAGCCAGUAUCAGAGUUGGGACCUGGUGCAACAAACACAAAACUACCUGAAACUGCUGCUUUCCAUAAUUAACAGCGACGAUGACAGCGGGCUGCUGGUACACUGUAUCUCGGGCUGGGACCGGACACCACUCUUCAUCUCUCUCCUGCGCCUUUCCUUGUGGGCUGAUGGGCUUAUCCACACAUCCCUAAAGCCUGCUGAGAUCCUCUACCUGACUGUGGCCUACGACUGGUUCCUCUUCGGGCACAUGUUGGUAGAUCGGCUCAGCAAAGGAGAGGAGAUUUUCUUCUUCUGCUUCAAUUUUUUGAAGCAUAUCAUCUCUGAGGAGUUCUCUGCUCUGAAGACACAGAGGAGGAAGAGUUUACCAGCCCGGGAUGCAGGCUUCACUCUGGAAGAUAUCUGUAUGCUGAGACGAAAGGACCGUGGCAGCACCACCAGCCUUGGCAGUGACUUCUCUCUGGUCAUGGAGAGCUCCCCAGGAGCCGCCGGGAGUUUCACCUAUGAGGCCGUGGAGCUGGUCCCUGCAGGAGCACAGACUCAGGCAGCUUGGAGGAAGAGCCACUCAUCCUCUCCACAGAGUGUGCUCUGGAACCGGUCACAGCCCUCAGAGGACCGCCUGCCUUCCCACCAGGGGCUGGGCGAAGCCAAGUCUUCCAGCUCCUCAUCCUCGAACCAUUCUGACUUUUUCAGGAUGGGUAGCAGUCCCCUGGAGGUCCCCAAACCCAGGCUUGCAGGCCCACCCCUAUUUGGAGGAUGUGUUAGUGUUUGGGUAAGAGCUAGUCUGCAGCACCGAUUGAAGACUCCUUCCCAGAGCCCUGGCAGAUAGGGAAUCCAGAAGCUGUACUGGUUACAGUGUGAUGAGCAGGGGUUUAGGGCUGCCUCCACCUAUUGCCUUUGGCAGGUCUCAGCCCCUGGGCCCUCACAUUCUGUUUCAAGAGAUGGACCCAGAUCCUCAAAGUCCUUUUUGGUCCUCAUAUUCCAUGUCUGAGUUGGAGGGGCGGUGAGGAGAAUAGACAGUAGUGAGCUAGGCUAGAUGUGUGUGGCUCGGGUGAACCUUGGGAGACUCUACAUCUGAGAAGUGCUCAGCCAGAUGGACAAGUGUGGCUGGAGCAUGCUGCAGAAAUCAUGUUUCCUAUAAGAGAUUGAAGCUGAGCACUGGGUAGGUAGGCACUUAGGACUGAGGGAUGGCCUGGCACUUGGGGAAAGCAUUUCCUAGCAUUGCCAUAUUUUCCAUGUCAUACACACAGGGAAAGGAUCCUGUGAGUUGCUUUGUUCUUUAAAGUCUUGAGAAUGUCUGGCCCUUCUGGAGAGAACAAAGCAGGGUGUGGCUUAAGAGGUCCUUAAGAAAUUCCAAGGAGAAAGGGGCAUUUAGCAUAAAGAGCAUGAGCCUUAGAGUCUAGCCCAGAUUCGAGCCCAGCUCUGAAAUGAACUGCUCCAAAAGUUUCAGGUCUUACCAGCAUGCAUGUUAACAGUAAGGAAACCAAGCCCCAAAGUCACAGGCAUGUACAAGGAAAGACCUGAAAUUUCUGGAACCCUCUUCCCAUCACCAUCCUCUGGAUUUUCUCCUUGGGCAAAGGCAGGCAGUGGAGGAAGGGUGCCCUUCUCCACACAGGCAGAGGAGGUCAGCUGUAGGCUAGUAGGAGCCCCGCAGAGUGCACGGGCCCAAGGAGUCCCCCGUGCUCACCUUUAGAGGACCCAGAGCACUCACAUGUCUGCCAGGGCUGUAGCUGCAUCCACUAAACAAAGAUUAUAAUUCCUUUGACCCCACAGGAGGUUUGGUGAAGGUGGCUGAGCAGAGUGGGUGGUGGGCAGACAAGUCACAGGCCUGUGCGCGUUCUUGUCCUGUGUGCCCGCUGCCAUGGCACCCUUGUCUGCACGCCCAGCUUUCCUCAGGCCUGUUCGAGGGCUGCGGUGGCUCUAUAUAACCCUCUCAGUUCUGGGCUGGAACUCUUACUCACUGUCCCUAUCUCCCUUCCUGCCUGUGCAGCAUUGCUAGACAAUUGGGAAAGAGACCAGAAGAUUCCUCCUAUCCUCUCAGGUCCUGCUCCAGUCUCAACUAUCCAGCUGCUAGGGGCUCCCGCUGAGGUGG